UGAAAAUCAGUUGCCGCGUGGUUUAGCUAGCUGAAGACACGUUCAAAUUGGUGCCCGUGUUAAUCUCAUGCUCUACGAUUUCCUGAUAAGCGUGUGAAUUUGUUGAUUCUCCUGUAUCGUUUAAAGAUUCUACAAUAUUGGACCUCUAUUUUUUCAUCCUUCAUUCUCUACUAUCCACAUUGAAGACUCAACAAAAUUUAAAUAUUAAUUUCCAGUGCUUGAUAAAAACACGAUAAGAGAGUACAAAAGUGAAACACAUUAAGGUGUGAGAACUAGUACAGAAGUUGGGGAAAUCGUGAGUGUUUGAAUCACUAUCAAAUCAGCGAACGGUUCUUUGAAGAGAACAAAUUAAUGAAACACUUGAGAAAGCGUGAAAUAUCUGAAUAGCUUGAAAAUGAAACAAAUCUAAAAAAUGAAGUUUGUUUUAUUGGAAAUUGGUGAACAUUAAUCGUGAUUUUCGGGUGAUAAAAGACAGAAACCCAAGAAUGUCUCAAACCGUUUCAGAAAAACCAUUACGUGUAAUAAGUGUAAAUGCCUAUAUUAGGAAUGUUAAUUUCUAUUCAUGAAUUUUCUACUAAUACAAGACACUAAAUCUAAGUAAAUAGCCUUUUAUCUUGUAUAUUGAGGAAAAUUGAAUGUUUCAAGUCAGUGAGUGAAAUUCGGUGUUAUAUGAUUAGGGAAAAUUGUUUUUUUUUUAUUGAAAAAUGAGAGGAAAAUAAAAGAUUAAUUUUUGUUCAGAAAUGUUGGUGGAUUAGUAAGGUAACACAUUCAUCACAAAGGAAGAUAAAUAUAACAAGUGAUUAGAAGAUCUGAGAAUAGUUCAAGAACCAAUAGUUCAAAAUAACAGCAAAAUGUUGAGCAACGUGUAUGAUCAUCGAUUCAAGCAAUCCUAUCCUCAGUUAUCAUCAGAUAACAUGCAUAUUGCCAAAGAGCAACAGACUGACAUUCCAGCUGAAGUUGAGUUCUCAGCCACGGAGAGAUACAGUAGAAGUGAUUCUAGGUGCCAGCAGAGUUGUGGCGAGAUCAGAGGAUCGAGUCAUCAGGACUUGGCUACUACCAGACAAUAUCCAGACAACAGGAGUUGUGGAUUUUUUCAGGAAGAGAGCGCAAACUAUCAGAGGGAUGCAUCCACCAGGAACAAAUUUCCUUGGCAUUCACCCGACUCAUUCACACCUGUGCGUGGUUGCAGUGUGAGCCCAGAGGCUGGCAGUGUGAGCAGCAAUAGCAGCAGUGGGAGUGGGGUGGCUGUCGAUUGGUCCAACAAUCGAUCUACAUUAACAGAAGAAGAUGAAAACUCAACAGCAUCUUCAGAUGAACACCACGUUCUUGAGCCGUCACAUUCGCAUGAUCAGGCACAAGAGGUUGGACGCCGGUGUUUGCUGUGGGCUUGCAAAGCAUGUAAGAGGAAAACGGUAACGGUCGAUAGGAGAAAAGCUGCUACGUUACGAGAGAGGCGAAGGCUGAGAAAGGUGAACGAAGCAUUCGAGAUGCUGAAGCGACGCACAAGUUCGAAUCCGAGCCAACGCCUGGCUAAAGUUGAAAUCCUGAGGAACGCAAUAGACUACAUUGAGGCUCUGGAACACCUGUUGCACACCGACUCCAGCAGUCCCAGUUCCAGCGCAGGAACCUCCGAUGAGACAAAUUAUUUGGGACCUGUUCAGUUCCUAACAGAGCGACUCCACCUCCAGUUUACAGAAACAAUGAAUCGCUUCAACUCAACAAAUUUAUACGAGGGCACUGCUGAGCAGAGCCACGAGGCUGGGAAUCCUGGUCAAGCUUUGGACUCAUCCUCCAGUCUGGAUUGCUUGAGUCUCAUCGUAGAAAGCAUCAGCAGACCCCCGCAACCGCAACCGCAACACAACGACAGAGACCCUUCCUGCAGUAAAUCUAACGAUACCUAGCUAAUUAAAAAAAUCUAAAUCUUGAAAAUAUUUAUAUAUAUUUAUGUAUAUAUAUACGAAAAUUCUUGCUGGAAACUCUGAUAUGUAGCUCUUGCGCCUCAAAUAAUGUGAGAGUUCAAUUAAGUAUAUUCCAAUCAACUAUAAAUGAUCGAUUCUCUCUUGAAUAUAACCAAACACCAAAGAAAAGUUAGAUAAAAUACUAGAAUGUUUCCAAUUAUUUCUUCAGGCCUAUUCAUGAAUUGUAUGAUUUUUAGUGUAGGAGUAGGUUUAGAUGAGUACCUAGCUCAUGAAAAUGCAGUCAGAUUUGAAAAACUGAUUUCACAUGAAUGUUUUUUCAUUGUAGCAUUCAUAUUAUCUUAAUGACAACUAACUACUCAAAUUAUGUUUGAUAUUAUUUUCCAGAAUAGAAACAAAGAAGAAAAAAUGUGUUGCUGUUGUAUCAAAAAACAAAGAAGAAUAGGCUACUUGCUGUAGUAAUGCAAGUUGAUAUUAUAGAAUUAGAGUUUUAUUGAAAAGAGAAAAUGAUAAUUUCUGGAAUGCGAAAUAAGAAGUAGCCCAUUUUAUUCUUAGUUGCUUGAGUUAUGUCAUAAAAUUCAAGUUUUUCACAAAAUUAUUCAGCUAACCUUCCGACGUAUUCUGCUACGAUAGUAACAAUAUUCAGAUUAGUGCCUUGAAAGUUCACUGUCUGAUAAACUUGACGAUGCAAGCCGAAAUAGGAAAUGUCCUAGAUCAAUUAAAUUUUAGGAGAAAUGUAUUCCUUCUUCUAUCGAAGCAAAUAGAGUUUCUAAUAAAAACUAUUAUUUCCGUACCCACAAUUCUUGAAUAUUUAAGUUUGUUAUAAGUACAUCAUAAGCAUUGUUGACACACCGAUCUCAAUAAAUCAUUUUAGUUUAAAUUUUUUUUGUUAUAAUCAAAUUAAUAUAUUAUGAACACUCUAAGACUGUUAUGGAAUCAUCAGAUAAACUGAUGAAAUUUCAGAUUAAAAUUUCAAAUGGCUUUUUCAAAUAGGUCUACAUACGUAUAAACUGCAUUAUUUUGAUAUAAGACCUGCAAUACCUGGGUUUAUCUUCUAACUACGAGCUUAUCAGGUAUUCAUAUCCUUACAGCCAGGUAGUUCAAUUUUAUUUCUAGAACAUUCAAAUGAAUUUAUCAUGAAAUGAAAUAAUCAUAAUCCAAAAAUUGUACAUUAUUAUUUGUAAUAAAUACUUGUUGCUCAUGAAUUAUGUUUGAAUUAUUCCAUAAAUCCAGCAAUGCAGUGGAUUUUUUUCUUUUUAAAUGAUUGCUUGUGAUAGCUUGUAAACAAUAUAGUAGAUCCACUGAUUCAUCUCUCUUAGUCU